AGACUGCCUCUAUAUGCCCAUAAUUACAAUUGUUUGAGCCAAAAAAGGAAUAAAGUAGUUUUACUUAUCACCUGAGUUCGUUCCCAUGGAGAAAAAUGGAGAUGGGGUUCAUGGUAAGGAUUACGUAGAUCCUCCACCAUCUCCCUUGUUGGACAUGGAGGAGCUUAAGAGCUGGUCGUUUUACAGAGCUGUCCUUGCCGAGUUUGUUGCUACUCUUUUAUUCCUUUACGUAUUAGUUGCCACUGUUAUUGGUUACAAAAGGGAAACCAGUCCCUGUGACGGCGUUGGUCCCCUCGGUAUUGCUUGGGCCGUCGGUGGCAUGAUCUUCGUUCUCGUCUACUGCACCGCCGGAAUCUCUGGUGGUCACAUUAAUCCGGCGGUAACGUUGGGGUUGUUCGUGGCCCGGAAGGUUUCACUGGUUCGAGCGUUCGCCUACAUGGUGGCGCAGUGUUUGGGAGCUAUUUUUGGCGUGGGUUUAGCGAAGUCUGUCACGAAGCACUACUACGAUACACUAGGUGGCGCUGUAAACGCCGUGGCUCCCGGGAACUCGAAGGGCGCCGCUUUGGGAGCUGAGAUCAUCGGAACUUUUGUCCUUGUCUACACCGUUUUCUCUGCCACCGAUCCCAAAAGAAAUGCACGCGAUUCCCAUGUCCCCGUGUUGGCUCCGUUGCCAAUAGGAUUUGCUGUCUUUGUGGUGCACCUUGCCACCAUUCCGAUCACCGGAACCGGCAUUAACCCGGCCAGGAGCCUCGGUGCUGCUGUGAUGUACAACAGUGGAAAAGCGUGGGAUGAUCAGUGGAUAUUUUGGGUUGGCCCUUUCAUUGGAGCGGUGGCCGCGGCAGCAUAUCAUGAGUACGCACUGAGAGCUACGGCCAUCAAAGCCUUGAAAUCUUUCCGCAGCAGCUAUUCAAGUUAAACGCCUGCCCCUGCUGUCUAUGCUGUUUCUUUUGGACAAUUUAUGCUCUUUUAGUCUAGUUUUCGUUGUGUCUCGGUGAUACAUCACUUGUCGUGUGUUGUGAUUCUAAGUG